CCUUAACAUGACUCUGAAUCACCUGGAGGGCUCAUCAGAUCACAGAUUGAAAGUUUCUGACAGUAGGUCUGGGUGAUACUGAGAAUUAACAUUUCUAACAAGUUCCCUGUGAUGCAGAUGCUGAGUUGCAGGUCUAGGGGCCUUGAUUUGAAAAGCACCAUGCUGGAGUAUGUUUUUCAGAGUGUGACCCGAGACUCCUGCUGCCACUUGCACCACAGUAUGUGGGACACUUGUUAAAAAUGUGGAUUCUGAAAUCCAGACCUGUUGGUUUGGUGCAGGGGGAAAGAUUCAGAAAUGUCCAAGGGCUUGCAUCUCCAGCUGCUGUUCCUGGAGCAAUACAGGAAGUGCUGUCAACUUAACUCGUCCACCUUCGUUUUCAUCAGCCCUGGCUGGUUGACAUCCAGCCCAGGCCUCCUGGCAGCCUGUGUGGUUCUUCUGAACUUGGAGCCCUUAUGCCCCUAGGAUAUGCAUGGCCAGUGUUAGUCCUGCGCUUGUCACUCUGCCUCUGGAACCUCAGCAGUCCUCCUGUGGGAAAACAGACACAGCCACAAGUUGUCAUGUUACAGUGCAUCUAAGAAGGGGGAAGAAACUCCCAGAUGGUGUCUAAACCCCCAAGGAGCUCAUAAUCAAGAGGGAAAGCCAACAAGACAUAGAAAGCACAUAAAUCAGAUGUUAAAUUGUGAUUGAGAUUAAAUUGUUGAGUAGGAGACUCAGAAGUAUUCAAAAGGGGGUGCAGUUUUGCAUGAGCAGCUGCCCAGAAAGACUGGCUUAGUGCUCAACUUGAAAGAUGAGUAGGGUCUUCUCAGAUGGUCAUCAAGUUCAAGGGCUCCCUUAGGCACAGGAGACACCAGUAAGAAACCAAGAGGCCUAUGCUGCGCCUCAUCCUCUAAGGGGCCUGGUCUGGUCGCUUGUGCCAUUAAGUAGGGUUGAGAGCAAAAUGGCCAAGUUGAUCUGUCUUGAGCACCCAGAGCCUGGGUUCAGGGGAGCAUGGUGUCAGCCAGCUGCUGCUCCUUCCACCAAGGAGCUGCCUGAUCUCCAGAGUAUGGCAUGGCACCUGAGGUGCCAUGGGACAGGAGGACCCCAGGACUGGGAGAAGUAGAAGCUGAAUAGUAGUAGUACAGACAGCCUGUUUGUCAAAAAAAAAAAAAAGGCCAAUCUUGGUAAUUGUAAGAAUACUUAGAAAGUCCACAAGUUAUAUAUUUCUAAAAUUAGCAUUGCCUUAUUUGGGAGUCAGAACUGCCUUCCCAGUACUCUUGAAGCAAACUUUGGCAGUCGCGGUAGUUGAUGGGGACUGCUGUGCUCGUGCGCUGGCAGGUGGGGAUGGUCUUUGGCUCUCUUGUCUCUCCCCCCCACACCUAUACUUUUCAUGCUGCUCCAGGUUUCUUUAAUCACAGCAUUCAAGAACCUGAAAUAUUUGUUCAUAUGUAGGGGUUAAGUGAGACGACUAACUCACCAUUUCACAAUAACUUUAUCUUUGCAGAUAACUUCCACUUGCAUCCCCAAAUAAUUUGUUUUCAGAGAAGACGCAUUGUUUCUCUACCCCUAGCUCCUAGUCCCAAAGGCCUUCCAUGGACUCCCAGCCUAGGUUGCUUCCCGCUGUCUGUGUCUAGUACAGGCCCAGCUGGCCAACUCCCAGCUUCCGCCUGCAGUGCGAGCCUUGCAUAGAUUCUACUUUCACUUUUUUUGCCCCGUUCUUCCUAACUAAAAUCAUAACCUCAUGGGCUGAGGAUAUAGCUCAGUUGGUAGAGUGCCUGCUUUGCAUGCACAAGGCCCUGGGUUCAAUCCCCAGCACCACCAAAAAAAAAUCAUAAUCUCUCCUUCAAGACCAGCUUUAGGUCCCCAUGUAUUCCAUGAAGUGCCCCUGGGUGCUCUGGCCCUCCUUAACAUCCACACACUUCCUUAAUUAUUGAAUGCAAGCCAGCCUUGUCUCUCCAGCCUAGCAGAGGGCUCUGUGGGGGGAAGAAGCUUGUGGUCCUGAAACCCCAGAGCCAUGCCGGGCGCCAAUGUACUCUGUGAAUGUGGAUGGUUAGCCUGGAGUCGGUGAACUUCAACAAGUGCAUAAGCCCACUCAGGGAAGAUUGGGAGAUUUCUUGAAGAGGGAGUAAUUAGUCCCAAGAUUAAUCCAGAAUGUGUUCUGGGUAGGGUGGAGCUGAGCCUUGCCCCCACCUUCCAUCCCAGGUGCUUGCCCCCAGCCACACCUGGCAGCGCAGUUGGCUUCUUAAAAGUGGCCCCAAGGCAAGGGAGGGGGCUGGCGAGAAGCAGGAGGAUGAGCGCAGAGCUUGGGCGGCAUCGGCGGCAACAGCAGCAGCAGCAGCAGCAGCAGCAGCAGCAGCAGCAACAACCCCGGGCCCGCAGGAGGUGGAGCUCUGGGGACAAAAAGUCCAAAAAACGUAGCCGGCGCAAAGAGACGUAUUCAAUGUAUAUCUACAAGGUGCUGAAGCAGGUGCACCCGGAUAUCGGCAUCUCUGCCAAGGCCAUGAGCAUCAUGAACUCCUUUGUGAACGAUAUUUUUGAGCGGCUGGCUGGUGAAGCUGCCCGGCUGGCCCAGUACUCAGGCCGGACAACCCUGACUUCCCGGGAAGUCCAGACAGCCGUGCGUCUGCUGUUACCUGGGGAGCUGGCCAAGCAUGCUGUCUCAGAGGGCACCAAGGCUGUCACCAAGUACACCAGCUCCAAGUGACCAGGGCCUGCCAUAAAUAAAGGGUGACCUGUU